CCUCAGUUCAGGUGAAGAAAACGCACUUUGUACCACAGACUUGGUACCCUCCCCGCCCGGCGCCGAACAGAGUGGGCCUGCUCGCUGGGCGGGAGGAGCCCCGUUCCCUCCCUCUCCCGGCAGCCGGUCACGUGCGGCGGGCGGUGCUCUCACAUCCCGGCGGUGGCGCGGGCGUAGCGCGGUGUUUGGUGAUGGAGGCCGGCACUGAGGCGGAGCCGCUGUUGCCGCCACGGAGCUGGCGAGUGGGCCAGGGGCUCUGGCGGGCCGGUGCCGCCGCUGCCGCCGAGGACGGUACUAGUGUUAAUGACCUUUAUAUAAACCAAGCUGUAGUAUUCAUUGAAGAUGCAAUACAGUAUCGAUCUAUAAAUCACCGUGUGGACUCCAAAUCCCUGUGGCUUUAUCGAUGGUAUUAUUCAAGAACUUGCCAGUGGAUUUUGAGUUUAACCAUCACUAUAAUCCUGGCUUUGGCUUUCAUUGAAAACCCUUCUUCGCUUACGGUCACAUCGGAUGUACGAUACCGCCUUCCUGCGUGGAAUCCUCCAUGUGGCGUAACGGAAAGCAUUGAGCUCCUUUGCUUUCUUGUAUUCACAGUUGAUGUAUCUGUGAAGAGUUACUUAAUUGGAUGGGCAGAAUUUUGGAAAAAUAAAUGGCUAAUGGCGUAUAUACUGACAUUAAUUAUUUCCCUUGCUGACUGGAUAGUUUCGCUGAGUUUUUUUUGCACAGAGAGUGUGAGAAUAAGAAGAAUUCUUCGGCCUUUCUUUCUGCUUCAGAAUUCUUCUAUGAUGAAGAAAACAUUAAAAAGUAUCAACAGCACAUUGCCUGAAAUGGGGAGUGUUGUUCUUCUUUUAGCUGUUCAUCUAUCUCUCUUUGCCAUGUUUGCCAUGCUGCUGUUUGCUCGAACAAAGGAUGGCCAGCAGGAUAAGGAGUGGGUGGGGUAUUUCCGGAAUUUGCCAGAUUCACUGACAUCCCUGCUGGUCCUGCUGACUACUGCAAAUAAUCCUGAUGUGAUGAUUCCUGCAUAUGCUAAGAAUCGAGCAUAUUCAAUCUUCUUCAUACUUUUCACUGUAUUAGGCAACUUAUUUUUAAUGAACUUGCUUACAGCAAUAAUAUACAACCAGUUUCGAGGUUACCUUUUGAAAUCAGUUCAGUCCUCCCUCUUCAGGAGGCGACUGGGAAUCCGGGCUGCGUUUGAAGUGCUUUCUUCCCUCAGAGAGACUCCUACUAAUGCACAACAGUUACAUGUCGGCACUGGGGCCUUACUACAAGUGCUGCAGAAAGUUGAAAUGGAUUCUCGCUGCAAGCAAGCCAUCAUGAGAUCGCUCAAAACAUGCUCCUGUGACCAGCUGUCAGCUGCCCAGUUUCAGAAGCUCUUUGAAGAACUAGACAAAGAUGCCAUUAAGCAACAUCCUCCCAGUCCGGAGUACCAAUCACAAUUUAUGCAGAAAAUGCAGUUUGCCUUUGGCCAUCCCUACUUUGGGUAUUUGGGGAAUGUUGUAGCCCUUGCAAACAUAGUUUCUAUCUGUGUGGUUUUGGUUAUGGAUGCAGAUAAGCAGCCAUCCAAAAGAGAUGACUUCUUCCUGGGGGCUAUCAACUGCUUCUUUAUCCUGUACUAUCUGCUGGAAAUGUUGCUAAAAAACCUAGCAAUGGGCUUAAAAAGAUACUUGUCCUACCCAAGCAAUAGAUUUGAUGGACUUCUGACCGUAAUUUUGCUGGUUUUGGAGGUUGCAACUUUUGCUGUAUAUGGAUUUCCUCAUCCUGGUUGGAGACCCGAGUUCAUGGGCUUACUGUCCCUGUGGGAUAUGGUGCGAUUGGUGAACAUGUUAAUUGUGUUCAGGUUUUUGCGGAUUAUUCCUAAUAUGAAGUUCAUGGCUUUGGUUGUUACUACGUUGCUGGAUCUGGUAAAAAACUUGAGAGCCUUUGCAGGAAUUCUUGUGGUGGUUUUCUAUGCGUUUGCUAUAUCUGGUAUAAUGCUAUUUAAAGGUGCUGUUGUUCCCUUUGGAAAUAUCAGUGCUAUCAAUACAACAUAUGAUAAUGGGACUCUGCAGUGUGGGACCUAUGAACAGCUGGAAUAUUGGCCAAACAACUUUGAUGACUUUGCUGCAGCAGUGGUGACCCUUUGGGAUGUGAUGGUGGUGAACAACUGGCAAGUCUUUCUGGAAGCGUUUUCAAGAUACUCAAGUCCGUGGGCAAAAAUCUAUUUUGUAGCCUGGUGGUUGAUCUCUUCUGUCAUCUGGGUUAAUCUGUUUGUAGCUUUACUUCUAGAGAACUUUAUUCACAAGUGGGACCGUCGCUGUCAUCGAGAGCCUCUUUCAGACAUUGAAUACCAGAGGACAGUUGAUCUGAUGUUCAGAGAUGUUUUGGAAGAACCUACAGAGGAAGAGCUGAUGGAAAAACUGCACCAGCAUCCACACCUGCGGUUGUGUAGGUGACUGCUGGGAAGGACUGACUUAUUUAGGCCUCUGUUUUCUUGAGGUUGUCAGCUGGAAGAAACUGAACGGAUUUUCUGGGAGGUGCUGUUAGGAGAGAGGCUUGUAGGACAGCAUGUGAGGUUUGGCGUGGCAAUUCACUGCAGAAAGAGGGUUUUAUUUCUGGUUCAUCUCUUUUUUUUUUUUUUUUUUUUAAUGUGAAAGAUCUGAAUCUUGCUGAUUGGAUUUGAUUUUAAGUUGUGAUUUUAGCGAAGUUUUGCAGCUUUU